GAGAAAGAGAGGGAAAUGGAGAGAAACAUCAGAGGAUGGCCGACAAACAGAGCCAAGCUGGCCAGGGCAUCCACCUUGGCUCUGGACAGCCAGGAGGGAAUGUUCUGGGUGUGGCAUUUCGGAAGCACUUCCGGAUUGUGUCACAGUGGAUUCCCAGCGUCCCGCACACAGCUCAUUAUAAAGGUCACCGCAGACUUCAGCCACCAGUACCACCUAAGUCUGGCGCAUCUUUGUCUCAGCAUGGCACUGCCUUGGGCCCUUGCAGUCUUGAGCCUUCUUCCACUGCUGGAUGCUGGGAGCCCGGUGUGUACCAAUCACACGGUGCCUAUCACCAAAGCCGCCCUGGACCGGAUCUCUGGCCGGUGGUUUUAUAUUGCUUCAGCUUACCGGUACCCAGCGUAUAAGGAGCUAGCUAGCAAGAUAAAGACCGCCUUCUUUUACAUGACACCCAACCACACGGAGGACACGGUACUGCUCAGAGAAUACAUAACCAUUGGGGACAACUGCACCUAUGAAUCCAGCAACCUGACAAUCUAUCGGGAAAAUGGGACCCUAGUUAAAUACGAGAAUGAAACAGAACAGUUUAGCCGACUGAUGUUGCCAAAGGAUCACAGGAUCUACAUGCUUGUUGCCUUCCCAGAUGACCCAGAGAAAAUCGGGAUAUCCUUCUUUGCUGACAAGCCAGAGGUGACCCCGGAGCAAAUGAACCAGUUCUAUGAGGACCUCAGGUGCAGAGGCAUGAACAAGUCAGAAGUUCUGUAUGCUGAUGAUAAAAAGGAUCUCUGUAAGACGCUGGAGAAACAACAUGAGGAGGAGAGGAAGGCCAAAGGCGAGACCGAGAGAGACACAGUAUUGGAUAAGGACGUCGGAGACGUCGGGGGUCUGUCCUGAGCCCCCCUUCCAACAUUUGUACCUCAGUUCUUUCCCUCU